AUGUCGCUGUUGAAUGAUCCAGACUACCUCAUACACCACCUCAGAAUAGGCUACCUACGUCGCGUAGACGACCGAAUCGGUGGCCGAAUAAUAACAUUCGACCCGACCACUCUAUCAAAUGACUAUAUCAAAGCGGCUGGAUCUUCUUAUCCAGAGAUGCAAGAAUGUUAUUCGCCCAGUACGAAUACGUUGGGUAAUGACUACUUCAGUCGAAGUAUAGGUAGUAGUUCGCAUAUUGGUGUUUCCCCUGGUGGUGUGAAAAUAGGCGGUCGAAGAAGAGCAGGCUCUGGUCAGCAGGCAAAGUUUGUUAAAACAAGAGAGCAGUUGGACCUUCCGCAGCAAAACGUUGCCGCUCCACCUGUUUUUGUGACAUCACCACCGAAACCAUCUAACGCUCGGCGUGAACCAGCAGCGGCGGCAGCGCAAUCAUAUUCAUCCGGCGGUGCACUCAAGACAUCUCCGGAUAGCAUUACCGCACUCUCCUCAACGGACCAGACACCUCAACUAUCGCCCACAACUUCUGCUGAAAGUGAUCCAGUAAUGCUGAUCGGACGACGAGAAUCUAGUGGAUCAUUAUUACAUACUAACGGAACAUUACCAUCCACACCACCGCCUCGGCGAGCUUUGUCGGAAGCAGAAGUCAGAGAGUUUAUACCCGAUCCACCUCAACCAAUAGUUAGACCAAAGCCCUUUUCGGCCCUGUCGGCUAUGAUAGAGGAGAAGAAAAAUAAAGAGGACAAUCCAUUUGCUGAAAAUUACAGCUAUUAUUCCGGCAAAGGUGACCUGAAGCCAAUAAAGCUUCAGAUUUAUCUUCCAUUUAGUACAGAGCCAAAAAGACCAUUGAACGUUGUGGUUAAGAGUGAUGCAACGGUGGAGAAGGUUAUUGGGUAUUGUCUGUAUCAGUAUUGGGAGGAGAAGAGAAAGCCCAUUUUGGAACCGCAAAUGUGUAAUAUUUCAAAUUGGAUUAUGCGAAUUGUUGAAGAUGACGGUGAAAUAGAUGAGGACCUUUUAGCUUUGGAUAGGACUAGAAACAUAUCCAAAUUCCAGUUCAAUCAGUUCGCAUUAUGUGAAGCCAACCCGGAACAAGGAACGUCUAAAUCUCAAGUUACAAACAAAGAUUCUCUUCCGUCUAUAUCCACAGUCGCUACAAAUGGAAGUUCAACAAUCACCGUCCCAACAACACGGGCGAGCACCAAUACCGAAACGGUUACGUCUUUCGCACCCCCUAUCGAUCUCGCAAACCAAGUAUUCCUUCGUAUUCGUCUCACGCCAUACUCUGAAAUCACUCACACAACUACAAUCAACGUUCCCCCUGAUCAGCAUUUGUCUGAUGUGCUGGAAGGCGUAUGUAGGAAAAGGAAAUUGGAUAGUAAAGAGUAUACGUUUAAGAUGGCAGAAGAGAAUGUAUUCUUGGAAUUGGACAAGACCGUCGAAAGUGUUGGAAAUGCUGAAAUUGCUUUGGUGAAGAAGCCAAACGAAAGGUCUAAUUCUGUGGAUAGUACUAGUGGCAACAGUGUAAGAGGCACUAAAAAGGGGGGAAAGAGAGGAUCAAUGGAUCCACAGCCCACGUACAUCACUUCUAAUGACUAUACGUCUGUAUACCAGAAAUAUACCGUCAAUCGGAAGACGCCAAUGUUUGUUGGCCGUCAUCAUGAGCGUAUACUCGCAAUAGAUGGUGAUUAUAUUCACAUUAUGCCAUCCGAGACGAGGACUAUGUUUGACACAAUGAAAACAUCGUCGUAUCAUAUAUCCAAUAUUCUAUCUUGUAAGCCAACGAAAAAAGUGUCAGCAAAUUUCAAACUAGUUAUUAAUCGAGAUACUGGCAACAAGACCUAUGACUUUGAAGCAGAAUCAGCAAAGGUGGCAAACGAGAUAUGUACGAAAAUUCGAUGGCUCAUGGGAAUACAUAAAAACGAACAAGCUAGA